AUGGACUGCCGCUACGGCCACCAUUUCAACCAUAUUAGCUCGACUGGAGACUCCAGGCUGGGGGUUAAAUUUGCCGAUGCGCUUUCUCCGAUUCAACCGGCGAGUCCACCCCACUCGUCCAGCUACGGCAGACUCCCUCAGCCGACGGCGGAUCUCGAACAGGUUAGGAGAGAUGUUAAAGAGUUCGGCUACGGGUUCGUGAAAGAUGCCCUAUCUCCUCCGCAGCUUGCGGGCUUACAGAAACGACUGAAAGACCAAGCGGAAGGAGAAGCCAAAGCCGGUGUCGCGUAUUUCGACGGAGGUCCCAAGAAGCCAAAUCAGCGCAUCUGGAACCUACCAAACAAGGGCCAGGAGUUCCUCGAUCUCCUCGAACAUCCCUUGGUGGAAGAGUUCAUGCCGGAGACGCUCGGUGACGGGUACCACUUAUCGUCCUACACGGCCAACAUCAACCGCCCUGGGAGCAACGGAAUGGGCAUGCACACCGACCAGAUCACGAUAAAUCCUGCGGUCCCACAGUUCCCGCUGGGGCUCAAUCUGAUGUGGUUUCUCUGCGAUGUGAACGAGGAGAACGGCGGCACUCGGAUCCUCCCUCAAAGCCACAACGGCCUGGUUGCACCGGACAAUCUCUUCGAUAACGCAGGGACGACCUUCGCCAGCGGACCUGCGGGGACGUGUCUCGUGUUCGAAAGCCGAGUGUGGCAUGCAACGGGACCAAAUAUUGCUCAAGGAGGGGAGCGGCCAGUCAUCCUGCAGUUCUAUGUCCGGCAUUUCGUCAGGCCGCAAGAGAACUUCACGUUGAGCGUGACGCCUGAGGUGGAGGCGAGGAUGACGGCUAAGAUGAAGCAGGCGUGCGGAUAUCGUGUGACGGCGACGUUGGGGGGAGUAGAAGGGUUUAGGCCGGAUGGGACCAUUGUCAAAAGACCAGAGAGCCCAGUGGUCGCGUUGAAUGCUGAUGGCACACGUACUUCGGUGGGUAGAUCUAAAUUGUAA